AUGCUUAGAAAUAUAACGUAUUUUACAGGUUUAAAUAAUGAGAAGAAAAAUAAUGAAAAAUAUCAAUGCGACACUUGCAAGAAAGUAUUCAUUUCGAAGUAUUACGUAAAAUAUCAUCGAAGGAUUCACAGUAAAGAAGGGCUAUUUUCUUGUCAAUUCUGUAAUAGUCAGUUCAACUUCUCCGCCAAUUUAAAUCGGCACGUCAAGAUUCACACCGGAGACAGACCUUUUACUUGUGAUUAUUGUAAACGAAGCUUUACACAAAAACAAGAUCUGAUAAAGCAUAUUCGUGUUCACACCGGAGAGAAGCCAUACUCGUGUAAUUAUUGUUUACAAAAGUUUCGUUCUAUAUCUAAUUUAAAUGAGCACGUUAUCAGACAUCAUAACAAUAAUGAAGAAAAACUUCAAUGCCCGAUAUGCAGUAAAACAUUUGGGAAAAAACUAAAUUUACGAAGACACAUGCGAAUUCACACGGAUGACAAGCCGUUUAAAUGCGACACCUGCGGAAGUUGUUUUUUGGAUCAGAGCAAUUUAAGACGGCACCAAGCGGUGCAUUCGGAUGAAAGACCAUACAAUUGCAAUUACGAAGGCUGCAAAUGGAGUUUUAAACUAAAAUAUUUAUUACAACGGCACGUGUACAGAAUGCAUCCUCAAGAGAUUUUAUCUAAAGUAAAUAUUACCAUAAAUUCGUUUAAAGUAGAAUUACCCAAAAUGUGUUCUGUAUUGUUCACGGUGUUAUUAAACUACUUCGUAUUAUUUUGUUCAAAUCACGAAAUANAUUUUCAAAAACACAUCAAAAGGGUCCACUCGAAAGAGGAAACUCUAUCUUCCUGCCAGCACGUAAAAGACGAUAUUAAAGAUGUUGUAAGCGAGAAAAAAGAAAACGAAUUUGAUCCGUGUUGUAGCGCGGCGAUUCGUUCCGAAGAAGCACAAAAUCGACGUGAAGAAAACGUCUGUGGAAUGACAAGCGACGCGUGGCGCGAUGCCCAGGUCACUGGCGAAGACAUUUACUUGGAAACAGAUGCGGAACAAUCGACGUGUUUCGAUCUGUUCCCGGAAGUGAGAAUCGAUCGAUACGAAUUGGAAUGCGUCUUGUGUCGACACGUAAAAGACGAUAUUAAAGAUGUUGUAAGCGAGAAAAAAGAAAACGAAUUUGAUCCGUGUUGUAGCGCGGCGAUUCGUUCCGAAGAAGCACAAAAUCGACGUGAAGAAAACGUCUGUGGAAUGACAAGCGACGCGUGGCGCGAUGCCCAGGUCACUGGCGAAGACAUUUACUUGGAAACAGAUGCGGAACAAUCGACGUGUUUCGAUCUGUUCCCGGAAGUGAGAAUCGAUCGAUACGAAUUGGAAUGCGUCUUGUGUCGAGUGAAGUUCGACGAUGAAGUUUCUAUGCGAGAACACGCGAAAAAUUUUUAUUUCUCGUAUUUUACAGGUUUAAACAUUCGGAAGUCAAAGAAUGGGAAGUAUCGAUGUGACAGUUGCGAGAAAGAAUUCGCUUCGAAGUGUAAUUUAAAAUGUCAUCAAAGGAUUCACACUGGAGAAGGGCUCUUGUCUUGUAAAUUCUGUACUCGUCAGUUCAAUUAUUCCAGCAGUCUAUAUAACCACGUCAAGAUUCACACCGGGGAGAAACCUUUCACUUGUGACCAUUGCAAACGAAGUUUCACAUACAAAAAUGUGUUGAUUGAUCAUCUGCGUACUCACACAGGGGAGAAACCCUUUACCUGUGAUCAUUGCAAACGAAGUUUUACACAGAAAGGAACUCUGAUUGAACAUCUGCAAACUCACACAGGGGAGAAACCCUUUACCUGUGAUCAUUGCAAACGAAGUUUUACACGGAAAACAGCUCUGAUUCGACAUCUGCGAACUCAUUCGGAGUAAAAGGCGUUAUCGUGUACUUAUUGCUUACAAAAGUUCCGUUUUAAACGUAAUUUAAAUUACCAUAUUAUUAAAUAUCGUAAUGAUAAUGAACAACAGUAUUUGUUACGAAGAAAAUGUUAACAAAAG